UCAUUCUAUUUCUGUGGUUCAGACAGAUUGGUGGUUUACCAGUUUGGGUUGGAAUGCAAUGCAUGAUUAGCAAACUAGCAUAGAUACAUACAUUUAAUAAUAUAAGGAUUAAUAGCUUCGUAAGGUUUGCCAGAAUGGUUUUUAACAGUUUGCUUGAAUUUUUUCCGCCUGACCUGGAAUCAGUCGUGUUGUAAAAAUGUGGCAUUUUAAGAAUCCAAGCUAGCUAGCUUUCCAUCUUGUAAACUCAAGAUGAUUUAGUAGCGUAACGUUAGCUAACUUGCUAGCUACCUAGCUAACCGUUAGCGGAAGAAUCGUGUAAACGUUAGUUAUUUUGGUUUGAUAGCUACAUUAUAUUGAUGUGAUAACGUUAGCUGGCAAGGUGUCCUGUAGCUUGUCCAUCUGACUUCCUAAAACUAGCUAGCUUACCAGCUACUUUCGGUGAAUUAGUUAGCCUCAGCUUUAUUCCUUUAACUAUCGUUUCGUUUACUGGAUUUGACGUAACGUUAACGUUAUCGCUAACAUUAGCUGGCACUGGCUAGCAGCUGCAAGAUAUGGCCACUGCCUCUAGCUCCUGUGUGGGGAGAAAUGUGUCUAGAAAUGGACCCUCUAUCUCGACCCCGACCUCGGGAGCACCUGGACAAUCUCAGCCUAUGGUCGUUGUAUGGGAAUGGCAGGAUGAUCUUGGCUUCUGGCGGCCAUACAGCGGCCAGGUGAGCGGCUACAUCGAACAAUGUUUCUCUUCUCCGCGGGGACACAGAGGUGGGGGUCCUGGCUCUACCAGUAUCGGUCUCGGACAAUCAGAUCCCAGCUUGUCGCCUUAUCUUAUAGACAUACCAAGCUUGAAGCAGUUCCGCCAAGAUACAGGGAAAACGAGGUCUGUACGCCGUCAAUUGUUUGCCCAGUCCUCAGGCUUGGGUAGCGGAGUAUAUUGGGAGUGGGCGAAUGAUGAAGGAGGAUGGACUCCAUACGAGACUCGCACUUCUAUCCUACUAGAACACAGCUACCAGGCACGGCAGGCCACGGCGGACAUGGCCUCACACGGCUAUAACUACAUAGUGGACCUCACGGUGCUGGCCCAGGUCAACAAGGCCACCGGCUAUCGGCGGCAGGUCCGGCGGCAGGGUAACCUCCCCUACCCGCUGGCGUCUGGCGCCUCCGUCAUCCACUCGGGUCCGGCCUGCUCCUGCCACCAGUGUCUGAGCCACAGCAGCACUGGCCCCAUGUCCAGCCGCUCGCGCCACUCCUUCUCGUCGGGGCAGCAGAACCGUCCUAGCCUCCAGGUCCCCAGCAGGGCGGCCGGAGCUCACCCCACCUCAGUGUACUCGCCCUACCCCAGGAGGCCUCUUUCUGUGGGGGGCAUGGCAUGGGGAGGCCCCUGGCCCCCGGCACCCUCCACUAGUCAACUCCCUGGAGCUCAACUGGCCUACCCCACCAGUGCCAAUGGCUUAAGUGUCCCUGUCAUCCCUGUGCAACUGAAUGGAUCCACCAGUGUGAGCUCAGCCCUGGCAGGCAUGGCCUCCAUUUUGAUGUCAGCAGUGGGACUCGGCGUGCGCUUCAUGAGUGCCCCCUCCUCCGCUCCUCCUCCCCCCAGCAGCAGCAGCAGCAGGCCCGCGGCCUCCAAAACUCGCAGCAGCUCGGUUAGGAGGGCAAAGAGGCAGCACAGGACAGUCCCGGCCCAGAAACCGGAGGAUGUAAUUCACCGCUACAUGGAGGAAGUGGCCUCGGCUCAAGACGAGGACUGCAUCAUCUGUAUGGACCGGCUGUCGUGUCCGUCGGAUUAUGACGUGGCGUCCGAGGGAGCCCAGUCCAUCCAGCCCGGCGCCGUGGGCAAGUUCACCAAGUGUGGACACACCCUGCACAUGCUCUGCAUGCUGGCCAUGUACAACAAUGGUACCAAGGAUGGCAGCCUCCAGUGCCCCUCAUGCAAGACAAUCUACGGGGAGAAGACGGGGACCCAGCCCAAGGGAAAGAUGGAGAUCUAUAGUAUCUCCCAGUCCCUCCCUGGCCACCCCGACUGUGGAACUAUCCAGAUCAUUUACAGCAUCCCCCCUGGGAUACAGGGUCCAGAGCACCCUAAUCCGGGGCAGUCAUACACCUCUAGAGGCUUCCCUCGCUUCUGCUUCCUCCCAGACAACGAAAAGGGCAGAAAGGUGCUGGAGCUGCUGAAGGUGGCGUGGACACGGCGCCUCAUCUUCACGGUGGGAACGUCUAGCACCACGGGCGAGCCCGAUACGGUGGUGUGGAACGAGAUCCACCACAAGACGGAGAUGAUGUCCAAUGUGUCGGGCCACGGCUACCCGGACCCCAACUACCUGGACAACGUGCUGUCCGAGCUGGCCUCCCAGGGGGUGACCGACGACUGCCUCCUCAAACAGGAGGGCCCCAGCCAGGGAGGAGCGUCAAACUCUAGACUGUGAAAACUGACCGCGAAUCACUUUCCUCGUAAUGUCACGACUUCAACAUGGUGAACAUAAGGGGUAGACCAAGUAUUCACAUUCCCACCUGGAUGUGUUUUUAUUAAGUAUUCAAUGCAAAGAGUAUGUCAAAGUGCAGUGUGCUGAAUACUGCACAUUCUGAUAAUGUGGGGUUUGACUUGGACUUCAAUUUGCUGUAGUAGUGCUCCAAUCAGCUCUUAGUUUAGUCACCUAGGCUGUAUCUCAAACGGCACCUUGUAUACAUCCCUACAGUCGUGGUCAAACGUUUUGAGAAUGACACAAGUAUUGGUCUUCACAAAGUUCGCUGCUUCAGUG